AUGAUUCGCGUGGUGGCGGGGACGUACGAAGGCUUGCUGUACGGUUGGGAGUGCCCCACGAAUGCUGCAAAUGAGAACCGUAAAAUGAAGCUCAUUUUUGGUUAUGCAGCACACUCCGAAUGUAUCAAAAGUGUGGCACUCAUGGCUGCCAAGCAAGGCAAGACGCUGCUUUCAGGUGCAAACGACGAAAUGAUCAAGAUAUACAAUGUUGACAAACGUGUAGAAGUUGGUAGCCUCAUGGAGCAGCAUGGGGCUAUCACCAGCCUUGAAUUUUUUGGCCAGAGUCACGUUCUCAGUGGCAGUACUGACAACUCUAUCUGCAUUUGGCGCACAUCUGAUUGGAAUUGUUUGCAUAUUCUUGGUGGUCACAAGGGAGAGAUCAACUCAAUCGCAGUGCAUCCUAGUGGAAAAAUGUGUUUUUCAGUGGCACGUGAUCGAACGUUGCGCAUGUGGAACCUUGUCAAGGGUCGAAUCGCCUUCAUUCGUCGGUUGGAACAGGAAGCGAAGCUCUGCAUGUUCUCGCAGAAUGGAACACAUUACUCCCUUAGCUUUGGGAAGGAUUUAUCAGUCUUCAAUAUGAAAGCAGAGCUUGUCGGUACACUGGAGCACACGAAAAAGAUUCACUGCGCUGUAUUUGCCACUGAUGAUUACAUUGUCUGUGGUGGAGAUGAUAAGCAAAUAUACAUUUGGAAGAUCAAUGGGAUACUGGUUGGGAAGGUGAGCCAUAACGACAUUGAUGCCCGUAUUCGAUGCCUGCAAGCUGUGUACCCGUUCGGCGAGGAUGAGUUGCCGUGGAUUGUUUUGGCUACGUCCAAUGGCGCGUUUCAGAUCUGGGAUUUUGCCUCAUUUACAUUGGAUGAAUCGUCGCCUGAGGAGUCGAACAAAUCAGUACAACCAAUAGCCUCGACGGUGCUUCUUACCAAACCUCGUGUAACCUGUCUUUCCGUUUGUAUCGCAAGUGAUAAACGUGCCGAAGAAACUACGAAGAGCAACGGUGAUGCUACGAAAACAAAGCAGGUUAAUCAAAUUAUAGACAAGAAGCCUGUUGCUGCACCUGGUGUCCCACAUGUGGUAGUGGAACUAGACGAUAAUGACAACCAAGUUGCGGAAGACGGAGAGUUAAAAAAGCGCAAAAUGACAAUCGAGCAAUUCAUCAUUAUAUUACAUGAUACUACACGGCAGGAUGUAACCCUUCUUGAGGAGCUUUUACAGCAUUUGGCAGACAUCAUGACCGGCGGCUGUUUCAUUCACCUUGACGAGUUUCCUGGUCGCAAGACGUACGGAUACAGCGAUCAGCUUUGA